AUUUCAAAAUAACUGAAUUGAUAUUGAGCACUGCAGCACAAACUAAAUGCAUUAAAAUAUAAACUAAAAAGAUUUCCCUUAAUAUUUCUUUACCUUUGUCCUUAAACUUAUUGCACAUUUAAACAAAAUGAUGAGAAAUACAGCAAGGACACCAGUUCGAGUACCAAGAACGCCACAAAUCCGACCGCAUUCUUCGGAAAAACAAAAGGACCCAGUAAAUGUAUUUUGCAGAGUUCGACCACUCCAAUCGGACGCAGAUCUUUCAUGCAUCCGCGUGAAAAAUCCCACCACAAUCGUCCUAACGCCGCCCGAAUUCACAUUGAACCACAAACAAACCACCCAAAAGGAGACCCAGUACAUAUUCAAACACGUAUUCGAGCCAACGUCAUCUCAGCGCGAUGUCUUCUCAGGGGUUGCUCAGCCGCUGGUGGAGAACUUGAUUCGUGGUAAGAAUAGUUUGUUGUUCACAUACGGUGUGACGGGAAGCGGGAAAACAUACACAAUGACCGGUGACACUCGUCAACGAGGAAUAAUGCCACGGUGCUUGGAUACACUAUUCCGUACCAUAUCGGACUUUCAAGCCAAGAAAUACAUCUUCAAGCCGGACCGGCUGAAUGGCUUUGAAAUUCUCUCCGAUGCCGACGCUAUGCUGGAGAGGGCCGCCGAGAUGAAUAUGCGGUUUGCCAAGGGAAAACGCAAGGAUUCUGAUCCGGAAAUUGCAUCACAAGCCUCUACAGAGCCGAGACCACUCAAUGGCCUCGAUGAGGACAACAUGUUUGCUGUCUUUGUCACCUAUAUCGAGGUGUACAACAACAGCGUCUACGAUUUGCUAGAUGAAGGCGGAAUUCAAAAAACAUUACAAAGUAAAAUAAUCCGUGAGGAUGCCAAUCAUAAUAUGUUUGUGCAUGGAGUAACAGAAAUAGAAAUAAAGUCCGUUGAUGAAGCAAUCGAAGCCUUCCAGACUGGCCAAAAGCGCAAACGCAUGGGACAUACAGUCCUCAAUGCCGAGUCCAGUCGGAGUCAUUCGGUAUUCAAUGUUAGAUUGGUGCAGGCACCUACAGAUAGUCAAGGUGAAACUGUGAUCCAGGACAAGCGAACAAUCACCGUGAGUCAGCUGUCGUUGGUCGAUUUGGCUGGAAGCGAGCGAUCGUCGCGCACUAAAAACACAGGACAACGCUUGCGAGAGGCAGGAAACAUAAAUAACUCCCUCAUGACUCUAAGGACAUGCUUAGAAUACUUGAGAGAAAACCAAACUACCUCCAAUCAGAAGAAAAUUCCAUACAGAGAUUCAAAAAUAACUCAUCUAUUUAAGAAUUACUUUGAUGGCGAAGGUCAAGUGUGUAUGAUUGUUUGUGUCAAUCCACGAGCAGAGGACUUUGAUGAGAAUUCACAAGUAAUGAAAUUCGCUGAAAUGACACAAGAAGUUCAAAUAGCCAGAGCCAUUCCGAUGAAACCGGAUUAUGGACUGACACCCGGUCGCAGGAAGGCUAAUAAGAUAUUUAAGAUUGCAGUUAAUAAUCUGAAUGACUUGGGUCAUACAGAUGCAAAGAAACUUGAAAUUGAUCUUGGCUUAGUCUACACCCUAGGACCGGGAUUUCCCGAUUAUAAAAUUGAUAGUCCCGAAGGUGAUUCAGCUGUUCAAGAACUUAUGCAAUAUCUUAUGCACCGUAUUGAGAAAAGAAAGAUUCUAUGUGCGGAUCUGGAGAAUCGAUGUGAUAACUUCAGAAUAAAUUUGGUGCAAGUUGAGAAGGAAAAUCUCUCUUUGAAAACAGAAUUGGCAUCAAUCAAAGCGGUCUACAAUAGCGAACGUGAGCGUGUUGUAGCACUCGAGAAUAAACUUCGUGUCCAUGAAAGUUCUAUCGAUAUUCUUAAUAAUAAAUUAAGCAAUCGAGAACGUCAGCUCGAUGAGUUACAAAGAAAACUUUCAGAAAAUCAAAAUCUUCUCUCGCAAAAAGAGCAAGAGAAGGAAAAACAAAAAAAGAAAUUCAAUUCAAAAAUGGCUGUCGAAGCGGAUAAGAAAAAUCGCGAAUUAGAGAUUAAGUUGCGAGAACAGCGCCAAAAACUUCAAGAGCGAAUGCGUAUCAAGGAUGAGAAACUGCGAUUGGUAUCGAAUAUUAUCAAAUCUGAUGACAUUCCUGGCCUGAUACGUUCUCAUAGUUCGGAGAAUUUAAGUGAAGUCAAUUCAGUGCCACCGCAACGGUCUCAAGCACCGACAAUUUCAACUAGGAGUGUGGAGACAAAUGCUACUCCAAAAACUUUCAAGGGUGUUCCAGUGGCUAACAAUCGACAUCGCCGAUCCCGUUCGGCUGGUGAAAAAUGGCUAGAGCAUCGAGCCGCUAAUCCAGUGCCUCUGGGCACAAUUCUGCAACCGUACUUACCAAACCGCAAAUCGAUCAAUAAGCUUCCCGAUGUGAAGGACCUCACUGGCAAGCCGACAAAAUAUUGCCUUGUUUCGCAACAAGCCGAUACCGAUGGGGAAGUCGAAACGAAACUCUAUAAGGGUAAUGUGAUUCCAACUUGUGCCGGAGGAGCACAGGUUGUGUUUGACGACGUGGAGUGCCUAAAGCAAAAAUCCCCGAUACCAUCACCCCAUAGGAAGAGACCAAGCAAUCUGGCCGCCGAAACCAGUAUGCAACCACACGAAGUUUCAUCGCGAUGCACAGUCGGCAUCGAGGGGCACACCAGUAAGCGAUCCAAGAUAUGAGAUGUUUUUCGUAUAAUCCCUAUAAUUUAUUGAUCUUUUAUAUCUUAUGUCUGUUCUUCUUUUUGGCGUAUCAUGUAAUUGUAUUACAGUAUUUUAAGAUGGAACCUCUGGUGAACGGACUAUUAACUUACCGUAAAAUUCUAUUCUGUUUUUUUUUUUUACUAACUUAAUUAAUAAUUUACGUUUCCUCCUCGAUACAUAUAUAUUUUUUUUAAUGAAUUGAAUAUGUUAAUAAUUAUAAGAACCACAUGACCUGAAUUAUAAAAAAAAGUUUAUGUUAAAAUUGAAGUUUUUUUGUUUGAUUUUU